AUGCUGAAAACCGCAAUUAUAUCGGGAGGCGCCCGAGGUAUUGGCCGAUCCCUGGUUAGACGCUUUCUCGAGAAAGGCUACAAGGUCUUUGUGCUGGAUAUCGACCAAGAAGAGCUCACACAUGCCGUCAAGAACCACCUUCAAAAGUAUUCAGAUGACAAGCUGUUGGGAUUCAGGAUUUGCGAUCUACGCAACGUCGACGAUAUCCAGAAAGCAAUCGACGAAGCUGCCAAGUUUCUGGGAGGCCGGAUCGAUGUGCUCGUGAACAAUGGGGGCAUUGCAAAUCCGAAAUGGAAAGACAAUCAGACCAUGCUCAACAAGGAGACAAUUCCACAGUGGCAAGCAUACAUCGACACCAACUUGACAGCUCCAUUCGUGGUCUCACAAGCAUGUCUACCAUACAUGAAGAAUGAGGCAAGGUUACAAGACUGGAACACCAGCGAGGCUGGACCUUGCAUUGUCCACAUCGGAUCUUUCCGCGCCUUUCAAAGCGAUGCGAAUCAGGAAGGCUACGCCUCGACGAAAGCUGGACUAUUAGGGUUGACUCACAGCAUGGCAGCCAGUUUCAAGCCGUUCGGUAUCCGAGUAAACCUUGUGGCUCCAGGCCGAAUCAAGGUUGCCCACGAGUGCAAAGAGGGUGAUGAGAAGGGUACGCAAUGGUCUGAGCUGAAUGAGGAAAAGGACGUGGCAGAUCAUUUGGCGAAUCGUGCUGGACGGCCAAAAGACAUUGCGGAUGCUGUGGAAUACCUGGUCAACGCUGGGUUUGUCACUGCCGAGGACAUUACUAUCGAUGGUGGUGCUACGAAGACGAAGUAGACGACUGCACCAUUUCAAAGCUCCGGAUGAAUUGCAAACGUGUCAACUUUCUGCUUCCAAGAUCAGGGGCGACAGGUACUUGGUGAGGUUCUGAGAUUAAUAGAAGCGAG